AAUCAUGGGAACACGGAAGUAUGAUUUUUAACACCAACAGAUCAGUGCAGCAGAUAUCGUGAACUUUGAAGUAAUUAAUGUAAAUACCGAGUCCAAAAAUAAGCAUGUCAGCGUAGAUCAUGUUCAAAUGUAUAGCUAACUUGUAGAGUGUGUUGAAAUUACAGUCGUUAGGUAGUAGCUAGCAAAAUGUGUUUGUUUUGGGUUAGUGGUCUAGCAAGCUAGCCACUGUUUACAUACCUAUAUUUGUUUCCAAUGAUGUCUAGCUAAUAGUUGUCCUUGCAUUUUAACACAUAGCUAUUUAGUUUGUUCAACUUGUUCACAUUUCUGAAAUCAAGACAAUGACCGGUGCUUCCACUUUUAAGUAAUUGCUGGUGUAAGUGAUGUUCAGGUUACCCGUUCUUUAUAGUAUAAUACACAGGGCAGUCUGCAUUGGCACAGAGGAGAUGGUGAAAGGCAAAUUCUUCUACGCUGUGAGGAAAGGAUUAAACCCUGGAGUUUACCAAACUUGGGAUGAAUGUAAGAAACAAAUUGACAAGUUCCCACAUGCCAGCUACAAGAAGUUUGCUGCUGAAAAGGAUGCCUGGGCUUUUGUCAGAGGCAAAGCAACGUCAAUAACACCAAAAGUGUCAGAGGGAACCAGCUAUGAGGCAACACUCCCACGGAGGGCCCCGGAGGCCCUUGAGUAUAUUCCCAUUGGUCAGAAGAGACACUAUAAUCACGUGGAGGAGGAGGAGAAGGAGGUGGUGUCCCCUGCCAAACGAGCUAAACCUUCCCAGGAGGCAUUUCAAGACAGCUGCGCAUCUUCAAAGAGCUCUGAUGGAUUCACCUACAUGGGUGAUGCAGUGGUGGUGUACACAGAUGGCUGCUGUUCAGGCAAUGGGAAGCCCGGAGCCCGAGCUGGGAUCGGGGUGUACUGGGGACGUGACCAUCCUCUGAAUGUAGCAGAACCGCUGGAUGGAAGACAGACCAACCAGAGGGCAGAAUUACAGGCAGCCUGUAAAGCCUUGGAGCAGGCCAAAGAGAUGGACAUCAAGAAGUUGGUGCUCUAUACAGACAGCAAGUUCACCAUUAAUGGCGUCACCAGCUGGGUGAAGAACUGGAAGCUGAACAACUGGAGGCUCAAAUCUGGUGGCCCUAUCAUCAACAGAGAGGACUUUGAAAAACUUGACAAGUUAAAUGAGGAGCUGAAGGUUGUAUGGUUGCACAUCCCAGGCCACGCUGGAUACCUAGGAAACGAGGAGGCUGACAGGCUGUCAAGAGAGGGGGCAGCAAAACGCUCACAUUAGCCCUACAAGAUAACAGCCCAAUAUGUCAUAUUGGGUUAUAUUCUAUCAAAUUGGGAGUUCAAGAAUUAAUAAUUCAAGAUCGUUUUGUGUGUGUGGGGGGGCAUUUUAAUUUUCCAGGAUAUUUUUUUGUCUUUUCUGUUGGGCUGCCAAGUUCUUUUCCAGAGAACAAUGUUCUGUUUCUAAGUUUGUUUAUUUUUAUUAAAUAAAGCAUCCUGUCUGAA